AUGCUUCCCGUGAUGGCGGCGAGCAAGGUGAAAAGCUGGUACAACAAGUUCCACAGCAUAGCGACGGCUUGCUUUGACACUGCCUGCUUCAAGGGCUUCAAGAGCGAGGACUUCGUCGUUGUCGAGCUCCCUGCAGACCGCGAUUGCCAGGUGGAAGCGCCUCCACCGCCCCCUCAGCCCAAAAGAAGGCGCGAUCGCGGAGAAUGGGCUCAGUACAGCCCGGAAGACGAUGACUACGACAUGACAGCCGCCACGCGCCCACCCCAAAGUGGUGAGGAACACGUCGCUGACUUGCAGGCGGUGAACCAGAUCCUGCACCUGGCAGGACGCGUCACCGCGGGUGGAGAGAUCCACGUUAUCCAGCACUAUGCGAAGGUCAUCCAAGACAUGGAGGCCAACCUCUCCAGCGCUGGGCGAGCAUUGCUGCGCCAGCAGACACGUGGCGAUGCCAACCAUGUUCGCAAACCGUCAUUGGCAACUGCAUCCACCUGCACAGACGAGGAUUGGGAGAGCGUCGAGACCGUCGUCGAGGUGGAGGAUGAGGGCUGGGCUGUUGCCCAGCCUUUCCGGGUGGGUACCUGGAUGACCCCAAUGUUGUUGGUGUCAGAUCAGGCGCAGGCGCACGAAGUGCUGCCGGCUAUGGCCUAUGCUGACAAUAUCCGUCUGGCCGUGCUUUCGGUUGCUGGCGUUCAGGGGGCCGUGGGUAGCCUCGCGUGUGUGGGCGGCAUUCUCUGCGUCAUUGAACAUGCCGAACAAGGAAACUAUGGGUUCGCAUCAGCUUACCCCUGGCCCAACCACAUUGCCAUGAAGGGAUCCUUCAGGCGCCGCUUCGCCGAGCUGAUCGCGCAGGAGGAGAGAGAAAAAAGGUCCAACCCGCUGGUUCGCGCAACCUUCUGGGCAUACUGGCCACAACUGCUCCUCCUGGAGCUCAUGAAGAUCAGCCAGUACCUCCUGGGUGCCGCGUCUUAA